AUGCCACCCGCCGCUAGUCCGACCCCCCCCCGACAAACCACCACCCCCCGCCCGAUGCCAGAGGUGGAGAUCCCUGCGCCCAAGAUUUGCCAGCCCUCCACCCUACACUCCCACUGCCUAACUGUGCAUCCCAAGCGAGGCCCUAAGGUGUUUGGCCGCCGCGACAGUGUGGCCUGCAAGAUAAUUAUAUGUCUGUAUGAGGAUGGCUCACAGACUCACACAGAGGUCUACGGCUGCAGGCCACUGAGCUGCACCAUGACUCACUCCAACACCAGUGUCCUGACAGGGAACUCCAGCGGAGCUUUAGAUGGAUAUGACUCUGGGGGAAACAUCUACAAACCCUUCUCCGUCUUCAGUGUUCUCACACUCACUCUGCUGGCGAUGCUGGCAGUGGCCACCUUUGUUUGGAACCUGCUGGUGCUGCUGACCAUCCUGAGGGUGCGGACGUUCCACAGAGUGCCUCACAACCUGGUGGCCUCCAUGGCCAUCUCUGAUGUGAUGGUGGCCGCUCUGGUCAUGCCGUUGAGCCUGGUGCAUGAGCUGAAUGGGCGGCUGUGGAAGCUGGGCCGUGUGCUCUGUCAGGUGUGGAUCUCCUUUGAUGUGCUGUGCUGCACGGCCAGCAUUUGGAAUGUGACUGCGAUAGCACUGGACCGAUACUGGUCCAUCACCAGACACCUGCAGUACACGCUGAAGACACGGAAGAAAAUCUCCAACAUAAUGAUCGCACUGACGUGGCUGCUGUCCUCCAUCAUCUCCCUGUCACCUCUGUUUGGUUGGGGAGAGACUUAUUCUGAGGGCAUGAAGUGCCAGGUCAGCCAGGAGCCCUCCUACACCAUCUUCUCCACCUUCUCGGCCUUCUACCUGCCGCUGUGUGUGGUGCUCUUCGUCUACUGGAAGAUCUACAAAGCAGCCAAGUUCAGGAUCGGCUCCCGGAAAACCAACAGCAUCACACCGAUGGCCGAGGUGAAAGACGACACGCAGCAGCCGCAGAUGGUGUUCACGGUCCGCCACGCCACCGUGACCUUUCAGACCGACGGCGACACGUGGCGUGAGCAGAAGGAGAAGAAGGCGGCCCUCAUGGUGGGCAUUUUGAUCGGGGUCUUCGUCCUCUGCUGGAUCCCCUUCUUCAUCACGGAGCUGAUCGUGCCGCUGUGCUCCUGUGACAUUCCGCCCAUUUGGAAAAGUAUCUUUCUCUGGCUGGGAUACUCUAACUCCUUCUUCAACCCGCUGAUCUAUACGGCCUUCAACAAGAACUACAACAACGCCCUGAGGAACCUCUUUUCCCGCCAGGGUCGCUGA